AUGGCUUUCUGUUGCAUAUCUUGUCACAAUAAUGAUAGUUGUUCCAUUGAUCAGGAUUCUGUUCAGCUGCUAAAGGAUGGGAUUGACGUGAUAACAGAUGCUGACAAACUUCUUUCAAAUCUACUGUCCUAUCCUUUAUACUCAACUCUUGCUAGCAGUCCUGAAAGUAAAACUGUAAUAGAAGAUAAACUGUCAGAAGUUGCUGCGAGUUUGUUAGCUGCUUAUGACAGUGGGGAGUUUGUUAGAGCCCUUGAAGAAAGUAGUGGUGGAUGGCAGAAAUGGGGCCAAAAUGUGCAGGGAAAAUUUCUGUUCAUGCCCCUUCGAGUUUUGCUGACAGGAAUGCUUCAUGGUCCUGAAAUGGGAUCAGCUUUGCUUCUCAUCUAUGAAGCUGGAAAAUGUGGAGUGAUAGCACCUCAAUCUGGUUUAGUGACUUUGGACGAGAGAUUCAAAAUGCUUCGAGAGGUUGAUUUGGGAUUUGCUCAAUAA